AUGGCGGCCCCUCGAUACGGCUUCGGUUCGUCUACGAGGCAUGCAUCUGUCAUCGACUUCAUCGCCACCUCCCCCUUCGAAAUAUGCGCCCUUGUCUUCGCUCAACUCGAUAACUGCCAUCUCAAAGCUCUACGGUUAACUUGCAAAAAGCUCGCCCACCUCGUUAGUCCCCAUCUCCGUUUCAACCGCGUCUUCAUAUCCGCUAGUCUCCUGGAUGUGCAAGUAUUUCGUGCUAUCGCAGAACACGAUAUCUUCCGCCGCAAUGUCCGGGAGAUCGUCUGGGACGAUGCUCGUUAUGAGAAGACACCGCCCGAUUUCGUGACGUUCGAGGGCGAGUACGACGACGAAUGCGUGUACGCGGAUGAAUACCCAGACGACCUGGAAGAAGAAGUUGAUAACGAUGGACCAAAAAAAAUCCCACGUAGUGUUCCGAUCUGGUUCUUUAUACGUUGCAAAGAGAACAUUGAGUACCUAGAGGAAAGGCGAGAUAACGACGUCAAAACCUUACCGCAGCACGUUGAGACCUUUCAGCAGCUUGACGCCCUGCUACCUCUUGACGUCGCCUACGCCUACUACCAAGAGCUACUUAAGAAACAAGAACAAGUACUUUCUACAUCGGCUGAUAUAGCUGCUUUGGAAUGGGCGCUUGAGAAAGAUAGAUUCCCCUUUCUAAAUAGGAUCACUCUAACGCCCGCCGCGCACGGUAUUCUAUUUAAGCCGCUAUACCCGACCCCCGCUAUCCGCGCUCUUCCGUACGGCUUCAAUUACCCGCUCCCUCGCAGCUGGCCAGCUUCUAAGGACGAGGAAGGAGCCGGCUACGAGACGUGGGAGCGCGAGGACGCGAAGGAUAAAUGGCGCGGAUUCCGCCAUGUCGUCCGCAUCGUCGCCCAGCAGCGGAGCGCGACCUCGAAGAUCACGAAGCUGAUUUUCGACGGCAAUCAAAUCCACUCGGGGCUCACGUGCGGCAUCCUCCAUGCACCGGAGCCAUGCGUUGAGUACGACCACCUCGCCGCCGUGAUCAAGAAGCCAGGCUUCACCACGCUCAGUCUCAACCUCAUGAUCUGCGGAGCGGAGAACAACAACUACCUGGCCUUCCGUAAUGGACGCCUGAAGCAGAUAGACUAUGAGGACGGGAGCCUCGGACAGGAGCCACAGCCUCCAAACGCUACGAGGGAUCACUUUAUCCCCCUGCGAUCAAUAUUUCCUGUAGAGGCAUGGAAGAACCUAGCGCACUUAGGGCUGUCGCGCUUCCUUGUCAAGCAGCAAGACCUACUCGACUUUCUCGCCGUACUACCGCAAACCCUGCACUCUGUAGAACUCAGCUUUCUGAUGUUCAUGGGGAAUAAUGGUGACUACAGAGAGCUGCUCUUUCAUAUCCGCGAUGAUCUGGGCUGGCAGGGGCGUGCUAUAAGACCUCGGUUGCUCAUUCGAGAUUGGAUAGAUCGUAUUCUGGGAGGGCGCGCAAUCUGGCUAGAGAAUGAGUUACAGGAGUUUCUUUACGACGAAGGCGGCAACCCGUACGUUCGACGGCAAGCUGUGAUAACGGGAGGCCGGUCGGGCGAGGGUCCGGCGAAGCCCAUUGUGCAAGAUGGUUUUGGAAUGCAGAGGGACGACUUCGAGCCUAGGUUUGAGCGUCCCUUUGUGUCAGAAAGACAACUCGUUCGGUCGGGCAUUCUCGAGAAUCGGUUUGGGGAGUACUUAGACUUGUUUCCUUGA